AUGUUGAAAGAAAAAAUCGAAGAGGAAGAAGAUAUUCCCCCAAAGGAUCAGCGUCUACUUUAUGGUGGGCACCAACUUGAGGACAACAAGACCCUUGAUGACUAUGAGAUCCGCAAAGACUGCACUAUCUGGUUGGCGAUGCGGGUUCAAGGGGGAGCCAAGCUUGUAG